UUUUUUCUGAAACUAGCACUGCAGUACAACGAUUUUUUCUUUCCUUGGUUCUAGCAAUUCACGCUGUCUUCUGCACGCACUCUUCCCCUUCUGCACCACUACUUUUUGCAAAUACCCCCAGUAUACAGUCAUGUCGCUGAACCACGAACUUGUGCUCAAGGCCUCCAAGGCCCUGCUGACGCACGCCAAGCAGCGCAGCGAGAAGGAGGACUCGUCGAACCUGCUGGCAGGACGAGAAGGAGACAGUGAUCCUGCAGCUCGGACUGAAGCGGUUCAACAACAGGUCGCGGCACAAGCCGUACCGGAUCCCGCUGCGGACAGCGAUCUACGAUUCGGACAGCCAGGUGUGCCUUGUUCACAAAGGACGACAGCAAGGAGUAUGCGGCGAAAGAUCAUGGCGCUGGGCGUGCCUCAGAUCAAGGAGGUGAUCAGCAUCAAGAAGCUGAAGCACGACCACAAGGCGUACGAGGCGAAGCGGCGUGUGCUGACAUCGUACGAUCUGUUUCUGACGGACGACCGGAUCCUGAACAGCUUGCCGAAGGCCCUGGGCACCAAGUUCUUCCAGCGCAAGAAGCUGCCGUUCCCGGUCAACCUGGAUGCCAGUGACUUGAAGAAGGAGCUCAGCAAGGCCAUUGGGUCGACGUUCUACUCUCCUACCACGGGCACGACGUCGGUGGUCCGUGUGGGAUCGACUGAGAUGACGGCUGACCAGCUGGCUGAGAACAUCGAGUGCGCGGUGGAGGCCAUUGCGGCGCGUGUGCCUAAGGGAUGGAAGAACGUCCAGUCGCUGCACAUCAAGACCGGCAAGUCGCUGGCUCUGCCCAUUUACAACUCGCUGCCUGAGGAGGCUGAGGCGAUUGCGCGCAUUGCUGGCGCCUCUGCUGCCAAGAAGGCUGAGGCUGAGGCUGAGGACGAGGACGAGGAGAGCGAUGAGGAGGUAGAUGCCAGCGAGGAAAACGAAGAGGAGGAAGAGGAAGAGGAGCAGAUGCCGGCUAAGAAGCUCCGGAAGAGCCCGCUGUCGCGCGAGUCCAAGAAGCCCGCUGCUGCUACCAAGAAGUCGCCGGCCAAGAAGGGUCCGGCCAAGAAGCGGGGCUGUCAAGGCUUGAGCAAUCCUAAAACUUUAGUAUCUAUUCCAACUCUCGAAAAGUAACCUUUACUCUGU